AGAAGGUUACUUUUGCGUAUUCAUUUAGAGGAGAUACUCAAUCCUUAAUUGCUUUCUAUGCAUAUUGCCUUUAUUCAUCGAUCAGUUUUCUAAUAAGCUUGUACAAUUAUGUUAUUUGAUAAAAGUACUUUCACAUCACUCAGUAAUUCUUGAUAUUACUAGUAUUGAUACAAGUACUCUUAAUAUGUUCUCAAUACACUACAGUUACUACUAUAAUGCCUAACUUGACUCUCGCAAUAAAGUUUAGCAAUUAAAUUGAAUCUAGUAUCUCCCAUAAGAAGUAGUGGGGAAACUUAUGACUAUUUCGCCCACUAUUCGCUUCCUACGUGCUCUACAACAAAACAGAGUCCGGGGCUUCUUUAUUUUAUAAUUGUAUGUUUAAAGUUACGUGAUGUCAAAAAACCGAGCGCGUGUAUGGGAUAUGAUUAAAUUUAGUUAGAUUGGUGUCCAAUAGGAACCCUGCACGUUAUCGUCGUGUGAUUAGAACUUGACGAUUUUAAGUCGGGUGACAGCACGUCAUAGCUUGUACGGUGCUAAUAAUAAUGCGUAAACACGUUUUCCUAUUAUUCAGUGGGAAUCAACAAUCGUGAUGCAUCUUGACACAAGAGAAGCAAACAAAAUUGUCGGUUUACAGUCCGGCAGCAGUAAGUGGUAAUGGAUUUGAAUAUUUCCUCUGAGGAUUCUUUUUGUUUUCAUCUCCCUCAUCCGUUUUUCGAUGAUGCCUCUGAGCGAUAUAUCACAAACUUAAUAACAGCCAUCAUCAACAUCAUUAGCGCUCCAUUCGCUUUUAUUUCCAACAUGCUGAUCUUUGUCGCCAUUUUUGACUUUCACCGUCUACAAACUCCUUCCAAUCUAUUACUUGCGACUUUAGCAUUGUCAGAUGCAUUUGUCGGGCUGACGGUCCAACCAGGUUAUAUUACCUACCGGCUUAUGGAAAAUCAGCAUCGUUCAGUUCCUUGUUUUGCAAGACUUAUCUACAGUUCUGCAUUCUACGUAUGUUUUGGUGUUUCUUUCAUGACUCUAACCGCUGUGAGUUAUGAGCGCUUUGUGGCUGUUCGCCUACGUGUAAGGUACAACGCGAUGUUCUCAACGAAACGAGUUCUAAAAUAUGCUUUGGGGAUAUGGACGGUAAAUAUAUUCUUGACUGCUAUGGAAUGGGCUAAAAUAGAUAAAGCUAUGAGAGGUAUUCAUCUAACUCUUUGGUUUCUUUGCCUCCUUUUCUCAACUGCGACCCAAAUUGGCGUUUUUAUAGCUAUACGAAGACACCAUCGACGAGUCAAAAACCAACUUCAAGUGGAUGAAAAGCUACAGACACGAAGAGAAGUGAAACUAGCGAAAAAGAUAUUAACUGUGGUUGUAAUUUACUUUAUUUUGUACUUUCCUGUUCUAUUUGUGACAUUUUAUCAUCAGAUAUUAGGGCAAAACAUACAAACAUACAACCACUACAGCUGGACAGAGACGCUGGCUUUUCUAAACUCCUGCUCAAAUCCAUUUAUAUGUUGCUGGAAAAAGAGAGAGAUUUUUCGAAGAGUUAAAUAUCUCCUGAAGAAAUUAAUUCGCUAAAGCACAUUUUUUAUGCUCAUUUGUAUAAUAUUUUCUUUUUUGUUUUUUGGUUUUUUUUUUUUUCAUUUCGCCCAAUGUUUUGUUGAUAUCUUGAGUACUAAUAAUUUAGUUUCAUAGUAAUAUUCAAACCUGGCAGCAAACUUCAAUUGAACGUUUGACACCUGCUAUUUUCUUAACUUCCUAAAUUACUGCAAGUCUUUUCAUUAAAGCUUCAGGUUGUUCAAUUGCGCUUCAUGACAAGUACUGAUUCAGGCAAUGGAUCUUUGAGAGAGUACACAACGCCUUCGAAAUAACUUCAAUUCAAUGAGAGCUCGAAUUUUCUUUCUUUUACCGCCGCAUUAGCAUCACGGAUGAUCAAACUUUAGGGAUGAGUUUCAAAAGGAAUAUUCAUAAAGUCAGAUGGUUGAAACGGAAGGAACUUUCGGGUCGUGACUUUUUGCAAAUAAUAGCUGACUGUUUGCGUAAUAUCAACGAUUAGUAUUUUGAAAGGUAAAGGAAAAGAUGGAAAUGAGGAAACAUGUUUGACACCACCAACCAAAAAAACAAAUUUAUAUAUAUCGUAGGAAGUUUGUGUUUCGAUUUUGCCGUAGUGCAGUGCUAGAUACAUAGAAGGAAAGCGCGAUUUGUAUUAAGGCAAGAAAAACAAAGAGACUUCACUUUCAUCCCGACUAGCCUGUUUCGUGAUUAACUCACUCUUCCGGGUAUUUUAAUGGCAAGAAUAUUCAUAACCAUUGUUGAUACACUAUAAAAUUUGCAUAAUUGUGUAGCGAUAAAUUUAGAUGUUCAACUGUUACGUAGCAACGCAUUGUUUCUGUGACGGCGUGAAAACACAAGUUCAUUAAAAAUGUUUUCCCUUCAAAGAACAUAUGUACAUAUAUGUACAUAUAUAUUCUAGAAUAAAAGAAUCAAAUG